GUUCCUAUAAGGUGUCAGGAUGUCACUGUCUAUUUCUCCAUGGAGGAGUGGGAGUAUCUAGAAGGACACAAGGACCUCUACAAGGACGUCAUGAUGGAGGACCAGCCGCCGCUCACAUCACCGGAUGGAGAAAACUAAGAGUCACGUUAAUGCGAUAUUAGACCUCACCCUGGAGAUCGUCUACCUGCUGACCGGAGAGAAUUAUUCACUGGUGAAGACUUCAUCACUUGAGAGGGACAUUUAUCCCCCUAUGUCUAGAAAAUGGAGCAGGACCCAAAGCCCUUUCACAGUACCUCCUUCUGCACUGCUGACACCUGGGAAAAACGACAAAAAGAUUCUAGAAGUCACCCAGAAGAUCAUCGAGCUACUAACAGGAGAGGUUCCUAUAAGGUGUCAGGAUGUCACUGUCUAUUUCUCCAUGGAGGAGUGGGAGUAUAUAGAAGGACACAAGGACCUCUACAAGGACGUCAUCAUGGAGAACCGGCUGCCCCUCCCAUCACAUGAUGGAUCCAGUAAUGGGAACCCACCAGAGAGAUGUCCCCGUCCUCUGUAUUCCCGGGACCCCACACAGGAACAUCACAAGGAUCUUCAAGAUUUUGAGGAGGACCACUUGAUCGUUGUUAAAGUGGAAAGUGAUGAAGAAGAGCUGUAUCUGAGGGAUGAUGGGCAAUAUACGAAGAAGGAGGAGAUCCCUCCAGAGAUCAGCCCAGGAGGGGAGCAGAGGACCAGCAUGAGCUCAGAGGAACAUCUUUCCUCCACUCCAGAAUACGAUGACCUUGUAGAUGGUUCUCCAGGAGAAGACUCCUUUAGCAACGAUCUUCAUCCAGGAUUCCAUAGUGUGGAUAGAUCGCCAGAUCCCUCUAAUCCUGAGGAACCUUAUCUGGACAGAUUGUAUAGUCUUUCCCCAGACAUCAAUCCCGGACUCUCCAGAGCAAGUAGAUCCCCUGAUGCCUCAGCCUAUGGCCUGGUGCUUGUCGACACUGCAGAUACCCAAACCCACGGGGUCGUUGAGCCUUUUUUUUGCUCGGCAUGCGCGAAAUGGUUCUUGCUGAAACUACCUCCUGGCCAGCAUAAGUCAACCACACCCAAAGUGCCAUAUUUAUGUCCGGAUUGUGGGAGAUGCCUGACGCAGCAUGAAGGCCUCCCUCAACCCAGGAGGACGGACAUCGUCAAGCUGACGCACGUCUGUUUUGAAUGCGGAAGAUGUUUUACGGUGGAGUCCAAUCUCUUCAGGCAUCGGCUCACCCACAGCAAAGAUCGGCCUUACCAGCCCACUGAGGGCAGGGCGAGGUUCAACCAGGGCGCCGAGCACCAGAGGGUUUACUCCAGCGAGGGACUCCUUGAAUGUUCUGAAUGUGGAGAACGGCUUUCAGGGAAGAGCUGUCUUCUGAAUCACGAGAGACUUCACGCCGAGGAGAAACCGUAUUCCUGCUCUGAAGGUGAGAAGAGUUUGGUGGAUCAGGUAGUCCUCUAUCAGCAUCACGAGCGAGUUUUCUCUGACUAUAAACCGUUUUCUUGUCCGGAGUGCGGAAAAUUUUACACCUCCAAGUCCGUUCUCAACCGGCACUUGAAGCUUCACUCCGACUAUAAGCCGUUCCCGUGUUCGGUGUGUGGGAAAUGCUUCGCCAAUAAGUCUCUGCUCAACAGCCACCGGAGGGUUCACAGUAAACCAUUCUCCUGCGCAGAGUGCGGAAAGUGUUUCACGUUCAGAUAUCACCUGACCAAACAUGAACAGACGCACGCCGGUGGGAGCCACCUUUUGGAACAGAGAGAACAGAAGUUUUUGUACUCCAAUGAAUUAUUAGACAGUGGAGCUCCCGGGGGUCAGACA